AUGUCCGAUAUUCGUGUUGUAGUUGGAAUAGAUUUCGGAACAACCUAUUCGGGAUUUGCGUACUCGCAUAAAGUAAACCCUGACAUUGAAACAAAUCAAAAUUGGCCAGCAGACGCAACAUGGGCUGGCGCAAUCGACAAAUUUAAAAUCAACACAGUAUUGAUGUAUGAUGAAAAUGGCGAUAAAGUUAAAUUAUGGGGUUAUAAAGCCUUGGCCAAUAAAAAAACGAGAAGACGUAACGAUGACUCAAAAGAUGCUAGACCUGUUGAAUUAUUUAAAUUGCAUCUAGGAAGAGAUAUAGAAACUUCAGAAAACUUGGAAUCAAGAUUAAACGAAGUUUCUACACAGAAUAGUUUCAAUUAUAAAAAAGCUGUUUCUGAUUAUUUGGGUGAAAUGGAUACCGUUCAAAGAAGAUGGGAUAAUUUAAACUUUUUCGAAAAUGUCUUAAUAGUUUUAACUGUGCCAGCGGAAUUUACUGAUAAAGCAAAAUUUAUUAUGAGAGAAUGUGUAUUCAAGGCAGAAUUAAUUGACGAAUUACACAGCGAGAAUUUACAACUUACAACUGAACCUGAAGCCGCUGCAAUUUAUUGUAGAAAAGUUUUGGGUGAACAUUUCGAAGUUCCUUAUGGAAAAUCAUUUUUAAUUGUAGAUUGUGGUGGCGGAACAGUAGACCUGACAGUUCGUCAAUUAUUAGAUGAUAAUAGUUUAGAAGAAAAAACAGAACGUUCAGGAGAUUUUUGUGGUGGAGUCUUUGUUGAUCAAGAAUUUGCUAAAUUCCUUGGUCAAAAAGUAGGACACCAUGCCUUGAAAUCUUUUAAAGAAAACCAUUAUGGUCGAUAUCAAUAUAUGAUUCAUGAAUUUUUUCAUAAAGAAAAACAUCGAUUUAAUGGCAACGAAAAUGAAUUUGACGUGAUCGACUUUGACCUACAAGAUUAUGCACCAUUGUUAAUCGACUAUAUCACUGAUGAUUUGUUGAAAAAUAGAUUGGAAGUGGAUGAAUGGCAAGUCACAUUGGAAUUUCAUCAUAUGAAAUCAUUUUUUGAUCCUGUUAUAAAUAGAAUUAUUGGAUUGAUAGAUAAACAAUUAGAACAUGUAGAAGAAUGUUCUGCGAUGUUCUUGGUUGGUGGAUUCAGUGAAUCGAGAUAUUUACAAAAUGUAAUCAAAAAAGAAUUUCACGAUCGAGUCAAGAAUAUUUCCGUGCCUCGUCAUCCUAUGAUAGCUGUUGUUAAAGGCGCAGUGGAAUAUGGUUUGAAUAUGAAGUGUGUUAAAAAUAGAGUUUUGAAAAAAACUUAUGGUGUCAAAAUGUUCAAGGGUGAUUUGUUGACUGUAUUUUUAUCCGAGGUCAUACUUGAUACGAAAGUUCCGAAUUUUCAUCCUCUUGUAACUCGUGGUACUAAAGUUGAUGUCGACGAAGAAUUUUCUGUUAUUGGUUCACCAUUACAUCCUAGUUCGAAAACCGUGUCUAUCCAAAUUUUUGAAACAUUAAGUCGUAAUCCUAAAUUUUAUGAUGAACCUGGAAUGAGAGAAUUAGGAAAAAUUAAAGUUGAUUUACCUGAAAAUCCAAAUACAAACAAUUCAAAUGGAGCAUCUUCAUCAAGUAGUGACAACAACCAAGAUAAUUUAGAUGAUGAUGAUGUGGAUGAUAAACGUUGCGUUGAAAUAAUUUUACGUUUUGGUGAGACAGAAAUAAAGGCUAUAGCUAAAGUUAAAGGAACUGGCGAAAUUCAUAAACAUAAAGUGAUUUUAUUACCUAUACCAGCUGUUCCCACCGCACUAGGAAUUGAUAGCGUUCUUGUGCAAUGA